GUUGCCAGGAGAUUUCUGUAACAGUAACACUUGGUUCAGCAACUCAUCAAGUUUGGGAGUUAUGGAAAACUCCGAAGAGAUGCACCAGUCUAAUGAGAAGGAGAGGAUGAGGAUGAGAAUAGCUGUGUUGGAGGAGAGUGUGAAGUCUGCAGAGAUGGAGUGUAAAGCCAGCAGAGAGAUGGUGCUGAGGCUGGUGGCAGAAUUGGACCGAGAGAGGAAGAAGGCCACCAGCAGCACGGCUGCACUGGACUUACUGAAAGUGGAGUUAGAUGACUUGUCUGUGGGCAGGAAGAGUGUCGAAAUGGACAAAGAAACACUGAUGGAAAGGCUGGAGGCCACUAAAAGAGUGACAGAGGCAGCGAAGAAAGAGUCAAACUGUCUGGAGAAGCAGGUGGAGGAGCUGGAAAGAAAGCUUGUGUCCAGCCAAGGAGAGACUCGAGCAGCUGAAGACAAACUACAGAUGUUCCUAAAAAAGGUGUCUGACCUAAUGUCAGCCAAGUCAGGAAGUGUCAUCCCACCUACGGAGAAAGAUAUUCUUCAGAAACUGGAUACAACCAUGUCAGAGAUGAAGGUCAGACUGGGUCAUGUCUCUGAGGAGCUGAGCCAGCAGACAGAGCUCCAUCAAUGCGCAUUACACAGGGCACAGCACGCAGAGCAGCAAGUUCAAACCCUGAAGGAGAGGUUGCAAGACCUGGAGACUGACCUCAUGACAGCAGAUAAGCAUCGAGAUGGACUGAGACACAGCAAACAACAGUAUGAAGAGUUCCUGGACCAGCUGUCGGACACGUUGACGGUGGACAGUUUUGCUCUUGAUCUCGGCUUUGACAUGAGGCUCAAACUCAUCCUGUCACGUGCCGAGCAACUCGUUAAAAGAGAGGGAGCUGCUUUGGUGGAGAGCAAGAGUCUGACAUACAGUUUGCAAAGAAAGUUAAAAUCCCAGAAAGAUCAAUUGGACAGCAAAGGACUCCAGAUCCAGUUCCUGAGGAAGAAGGUGACAGAGCUGGAGGAGGAGAAGAGGUGUCAGUCACAGAUGGGACGAGACGAAGCUCAUGUAGAGGCCAAGAGGCUGCAGAGAAAGCUGGAUCGUCUUCAGAGCGAGCUGAGGGUCACCAAGCAGUCCAACACUGACCUCAGGACCCAGCUGUGCCUCACUGAUGAGCUGAAGUUGAAAGUGAUGGAACAGAGUCAGACCAUGCAGGAGCAGAAAAAGAAGCUGGAGCAGGUGGCGGAGGGGAAGGCUAAGGUGGAGAAGAAGCUGAGUUCAAUCAGCUCAGAUCUACAGAGCAGAGAGAAACAGAGCAGAGACGACCAGCAGCAGCUCAGUACGCUCAGACACAGCCUGACUGAGAUGACCAUCAAGGAGAGAGAAUUGGAAGAUUUCCGAAUGGUGGUUUCCAGGAUGCUGGGUUUGGAUCCCACAGCUUUCGCUCUAACCAACAAUGAAAUCAUCAAAUUCCUGGAGAUGCUCAUUCAUGCUCAUCACCAUCACCACCAUUACCUUCACCAUCACCACGUGAAUGAGCCCUGGCUUUGUCCAACUCACCUGAGAGCUCCUCCUCUUCAUCAUCAUCACCUCCACCAAAUCCAGGAUCCUUCUGAACGCUCCUCCCUGGACGUUUCUACCUCAGCAUCUGAUCGUCCAGUGGAGGCUGUUCCCCUUCAAGAAGACUACAAAUAAAACCACGGGGUUUUACGAUUAAAAUAAAAAACACAUUAGGUCGGACUAUUUAACAAAUACAAAGACAUAAAUGAAAACACAAGUUUUAAAAUAAGUAUUUGGCAUUCUUUGUUUUCCAUGGUCGCAUAUACAUACAUUUCUCAAUAUGUUUCACCAGUAUAUACAUAUACAUAUAAUUUUGCACUGUUAUACAUUUGAUACUGAAGUGACAGUCAUACAAAAUAUACAGUGAUUUCUUUCUAUAUGUCACAAUUUUCCUGCGUUAAAUAUCAUCUCGUUUGCUUGAAAAAUAAAAUCAUUAGAGCGUACAAAUACAAUUGAUGUGACAGUGCUGACAGUGAUAUUAAAACACACACAAGUUUGGCUUCAUGAAUCUUACAUCAACGUGAAUCAUAGUAAAAAAAAAAACAAUAGGCAUGAAGAA